UAUCGAUCACGGUUUGGUUAGAGUAACAUUUCUAAUCGGACUUAAUUCCAGAAAUAGAGUAUGGAAUGUUCACACAAGUAUCGCGGAUCGAUGUCCGACUUUGAAAAACGAUUUGUUCGACCGGAUAAAGCGUCUCGAUGUACCUGGAAAUUGGAAUCGGAUGAGGUCAGUCCACACGAAACCCGAAGAAGUUUUAAAAACGAGAAGAUCAACCCAAGUAUUCUGGAGGCAAUUGGUAACACUCCUUUGGUGAAGUUGAACGUAAUCCCUAAGCUUUUUGGAGUGCGCUGUAAUGUUUACGCCAAAUGUGAGUUCAUGAACCCUGGUGGAUCGGCGAAAGAUCGCAUAGGACUGCGGAUUAUCAAAGAUGCGGAACAGGAAGGGUUGAUCAAACCGGGUUUGAGUACCAUCAUCGAACCAACGGCCGGGAAUACCGGAAUAGGGCUGGCCCUGGCCGCUGCUGUCAAAGGUUAUCGGUGCGUGAUCGUUAUGUCCGAUAAGAUGUCUGCUGAGAAGGUGGCCACUUUACGAGCCCUGGGAGCGGAAGUCAUCCGAACGACCACGGAAGCUCGUUUCGAUUCCCCGGAUAGCGUAAUAGCACUAGCUCAGCGAAUUCAAUGGGAACGACCCAACUCGAUCGUGUUGAACCAAUACGUUAACCCCGGUAAUCCACUGGCUUAUUACGAUGGAAUGGCCGAAGAGAUCGUCGAUCAACUUGACGGGAAAAUUGACAUGGUAGUGUCCAGCGUAGGAACUGGUGGAACCAUAACUGGAUUGGGAAGAAAGUUCAAAGAGUUAAAUCCAGCCUGUCAAGUGAUCGCAGCUGAUCCUAAAGGUUCUAUCCUAGCCAAUCCACCCGAAUUGAACCAAACCGAUUGCAAAACUUGGCAGGUGGAAGGAGUUGGUUUCGAUUUUAUUCCUACGGUUCUGGAUCGCUCGAUCAUCGAUCGAUGGAUAAAGUUUUCGGAUGAAGAGGCCUUGACGAUGGCUCGACGGUUGAUCGCUCAAGAGGGUUUGCUGUGUGGCGGAAGUUCUGGAGGAAGCACUUUUGCUGCCAUGCAUGCUGCAAAAGCACUUUCGGAGGAUCAAAACUGUGUGAUUGUUUUCCCCGAUAGCAUUCGAAAUUAUUUGACUAAAUUUGUGUCGGAUAGCUGGAUGGUUUCCCGAGGCUUUCUGGAACCCGUCAAUGUUCACGAACAUAGGUGGUGGAACCUUCCUGUUUCAGAAAUGGGAAUGCUUCCUCAACCUACAAUUGGUCCAGAGGCAACGAUCAGGGAAGCGAUCGCUUCUAUGAAAACCUCAGGUCAGGAUCAACUGGCCGUUCUCUCACCCGAAACAACACAGCUGAUGGGAGUUAUCGAUCUACCGCAUUUGAUGGACAAAGUGAUGAACCGCUUUGCCGACGUCGGCGAUCCAGUUUCAAAAGUUUUAAGUUGCCAAUUUGUGAGGAUCUACCAAAACCAGUGUACCAUGAGCAGAGUUGCUCGGAUCUUAGAACAAGAACCGUUUGUCGCGGUGGUGGAAUCUGGCGAAGAAGGUAAGGAUUGGGCUUCGGGACAAUUGAACAAUGUUAAGACUAAAUUAAACCGUGAGAGGAGCAGGAAUAAUCACUAUUCAUCAACCAUCAAAUCGAUCAUUUUUUGAACAAGUUCUUGGAAACUUUGAAAUCUUGGCAUGAUUCGGGACAAAUGUGGUGAUCAAAGCUAAACCAGUGUGUCAUAUAAAAGAUUCAUCAUUAUUCUGAACCUUUGAUUUUUUUGACAAUCCUGAAGGGAAAAAAAAUGAAGGUAUUUUAAUGAAAAAACUGAUAAACUCUUUAAAAAUUCAAACAGAUGAAAAUGCGAGAGUAGUAGAGGAAUAAAAAUUAUAUCACAUUUUGAAUUCGAGAUUUUUGCAAUGUUUUUUAUCUAAAAUAAUUUGAUUUUUUUUAUUCUUUGCAAUGGAGAUUGUAUACUAGUUUGUUGCAUGCAAGCUUUUGUGCAGGUUGUUUCAAAUUAUUGAAAUUUUGGAUUUUUGAUUUGGACUCGACAAUCCCCUCCUUCGUUUUCCCGAGAUGGCUGACCAGAAAAUAAAUUUGACCACAUCCACCACAUGAAACUUGGAGGAUGGUCGAUGAUCGGAGAAAGGCGCAAGAGAAUGCUAAUCCCCAAAAUUUAAGUUCUUAAACGAACUUGGAAGUUCAUUUCAGCGACUGAAGAGACUGCUAUUCAGCCCCUUAGGUAACAUCAUAAACCUUCUACGCGCUGAAUAGAAACGGUUGACAGAUUGUUCUGACAAUCAGAUGACAGAUUGGUAGAUUGCAGCAUUUAUCUGCCAUGGCUUGUAACCGGUUGGUUACAAAUCGUUUGAUUUUUGUCUUCUUUUGUAGUUUUGAAUGUUUAGCUCUAGAAAAUUCAUGUUCCUUGUUGAGUCUGACACCAAGAUAGCACCACAGUAGGCUACAUUUUACUGCUGGCUGCUGUCAACUAACAGAGGAGGAAAGGAGGAAUUUUUGGAAAAUGAAAUGAAAAAGCCGAAAAGGAAGCUUGCUUCCGUUUUUCGAUGCUCUUCUGUACCAGGCGUCCGUGAGUGUAGUCAAAUUUCUGUAUAGUGUUUGUGAACGUCCACGGAAUUCACCCGAAUACCGGAUUGACCUCUUCACGGUUCGGCCCGCAGAUCCCUUGUGGUCUCGCGCCUCAACGUAAAGGACCAUCAACAGCGUUCUCGGGGUCUGAGGACCUCUAACCAUCAAGGAGAACUUCCCUUCUCGGCCUGUCCGGAUACGGGGCACUCUCGUGGGCAGGCCGAUUAAAAGCCAAAGAAGGAAGACGCCUGCAUUGACUGAGUCCAGCAACGCCCGCUGGCGCCGACAGUUUCGGCACUCCGUCGAUUCGCCAAUAUAUCGACGGCCUCCUCCUUCGGAAAGGGUUUCCGGAACUACGAAGUCGCGACGCAGCACUAACAGCAGCACCUCACGGUUAGUGAAACAAUUACACGCCA